GUCAUAUUGAAAAUGACAACCGUGCCGGGCCUUGUCCAGCUGAUCAUCUUCAUUCAUGCAGCGCAUCUCUCUCGCGGAACAGAUCGCUCAGCUUGAGGACGCUGCACCUGUAGACUUUGACCCAGAAAACGAGGUCACAGCCCAGGAUCAGGAAAAUAAUGAUCUCGUAGAUGACACCAGCGGUGCACGCGAUCAUUACAUUGACGUCGGACCCUCCGUGUUACGCAAACUGCAAGAGAGCAUAGCUGACCCAAAAUAUGAUGGCGUCAAGACAUCUCGAAAGCAACUGAUGGAAUAUGACGAUAGUGAUUAUGGUAGUGAGGGGGACGACGAUGAGCCCGGCAGCGAACUGGAGCCCGACGAAGAUGAGGAACAAUCAGACGGCGACGUCCCAUUUUCUCAAAACGAAUCGGAAAGCGAACCAGACGCUCCAACGCCGAUUCCCGUGACAGUUGCAGCCAAAAUUGCGACGUCGUCUGAGGAUCCCAAGCAUACCGAGAACCUUUCUUCGACAUUGCGCAAAACGCGUGACGAGGACCGUAAAAAGGGGAAGGCCGUUUCGAAGCAAAUUGCACUGUGGGACUCGUUACUUGACGCACGCAUCCGCCUGCAGAGGGCCGUUUCUGCAGGAAAUCGGCUUCCACCGCUUGCAGAUUACGACGACGUCCAGUCAUCAUUAGUAAAGAUGCUGGCAGAGGCACAGCUUCUGUCCCAUGAAUUGUUUCACCUGCAGGAGGAAUUACUAUCUACCAAUGAGGCGAUCGCCCCUCCUCCUCGGAAACGGCGUAAAACUGGUGAUGUGAGAUCUGUACACGAUUUUGCUUCAGAAUUUCGGGAAGCCACACAGGCAGCUGCCUCUGUGGAGCAUAUUUUCCAUCCUCAUCUCAUCCAGACUUUGAACAAGUGGUCAAGCAAAAUUCAGGCGGUUGCCCCCUCUGUGCUUCUGCCUUCAAAUCGCAAUGCAUUCUCAAAGUCGUCGCAAGGAUUGAAGUGCGCUUCUCAACUUGUAGAUGAAACGCUUGUAGACCACGACAAGGUUCUUCAACGAACGAGAAUCUAUCGCGGUAAAGGAUCUCGAAUAGGGGCUGAUAAAGGUGACGGAGGUGACGAGGAAGGGGAUAAAGGUAAUUUAGAGGUAUUUGACGAUACAGAUUUCUAUCACCAACUGCUACGGGACGUCAUUGAUACCCGCGGCAACGGAGGCAGCGAGGACUGGAUGGAAGUUCAAAAGCAGAAAAAGGCCAAGAAGCAUGUCGAUACCAAGGCAAGCAAAGGUCGCAAAUUACGAUACGAGGUGCACGAAAAGAUUCAAAACUUCAUGGUUCCAGUUAUAACGCAAGGCAGCUGGCACGAGGAACAGAUUGACGAGUUGUUUGCUUCUUUGCUUGGAAAAGGAUUUGAGAAUUCUAUGCAAGGCGCAGAUGUUGGGAUGGAUGAAGAUAUCUCAAUGCGAGAACAAAUUGAUGCGGCCCUGAAGAGCGGUUUCAGAGUCUUUGGGUAGUUUUAUCAUGUACACUAGUUCUCUGUUACAUUGAGUUCUGCCCUUUCGAUUUGCCAACAUAAUAUUUUUGACUUAAA